AUGAGCUCCCUCGAAGAGUCAUCUCGGCUGGGUGCACAAUGGUUCUCCGCCGGGCUGACCUCAUCCUUUCCUGACCUGGGAUACGAUGAGGACAACCUGGCAAAGUACAGAUCAUGUGGGGGGUCCGAUCUGAAGCCGGGAUGCAAGGUCUUUCAAGUGCCGAAAGAUGACAGCCUUCAAAGAGAGGAGAUUGAUAUCCGAGAAGACGGGACCUUGCAGCGUUCGGAGAUGAAGGGGUUAAAAGAUCAGGUUCUUGUGUUCCAAUACAAAGGGAAAUUUCACGCUGUUGAUCAUAAAUGUCCUCAUUCAUUGUAUCCCCUCUCUCAAGGCACUCCCUUCGACAUUGAGGACUUUGGCAUCGUCUUCAGUGCCGGCUUGACCUGUCCAAAGCAUGGCUGGUCCUUUGACCUAUUCAACGGUGCGGCUGACCGUGGAAGCUAUGAGCUUGGUGUUUGGGAAACGCAGUUGCGCGAAGUCAAGAGCUCAGAGGGGUCACCAUGUGACAAUGGCGAAGACGGCAAAAGUUCAAAUUCCGUGGAAAAGGAGGUGUGGGUGAGACGAAGACAGCGAGUCGGAUAG